GCUCUUCGUUCGCCUGAUCUGCAGUUUCAUUCUUGUCUCCUCACCAGCGCCUGUCUUGAUAAUAUCUAAUCUCCAAGAACAAUACAAUAUCCAGAUCUUAAUCAGUAAUUUUUACUUUAACUACUCCAACCCGCCAAAAUGAAGUUCUCCGCCACCAUCAUGGGCGCUGCCCUCGUCGCCUCCGGCGUCUCUGCCCAGAAGGCCAUCGUCAAGAACAACUGCCCUUCGACCAUCUACGUCCAGUCGUACCCCUUCGACGGCAGCGCCGCUGGCACCCUAACCGCCGUUAAGACUGGAGACUCUUUCUCCGAGGACUUCCGUCCUUCCGGUUCGACCGUCAAGAUCGCCACCACCAAGACCCUCUCCAGCCCGCUGUUCUUCGGAUACUCUUUCAGCUCCAACCCCGACAUCGCCUACUAUGAACUCAGCACUGAAUGGGGCAACCCCUUCGCGAACUCGCACAACAUUCUCACCCCCGGUGACGGCUGCGAAAUCUUCGACUGUGCCGCUGGCCAGGCCGACUGCUACAGCACGCCUGCCCACAAAAAGGUGUACAACUGCCCGCAGCCCGUGGACUUGGAGGCCGAUCUCUGCGCUUAAGUUAGUUAGCUAUGGUCUGACGAGCCGAGAUCAUCUCGGCUGUUGUUCCUCUCAAACCGGAUAAAUAAGCGAAAGCCCCUUGACUCUUUUUCAGCUUUGCCUCUUACGUAGAGGCCCCCUCAAAAUUAAUACCUACCUAGCUGUCGUACUUCUUUCAAUCAAGGAAUCUUUGGAGUACAUAAAAUGUCUGUUCGCUAGCCUUUUCUGGGAAUUCAGGGGUAGAAUAUUGGAUGAAUAAAAUAUUACAAUAUCAUGUCAACUUCUCUCGAAC